AUGCCGGCGCGGUCGAGGAAGAGCGAGGCGACGGCGACGCGAGGAGGGAACGAAAACGCGGACGAGAGCGGGGCGCCGGCGAAGAAAAAGUCGAGGAGCGGCGCGCGUAAGAAGAAACCGACGACGGGUGGGGAGGCGUUGAAAAAUAGAAACGAGAACGCGUCGGUGCAGAACGCGUCGGUGAGCGGAGAUGGGGACGAAGACGCGGACGAGGGCUCGGGGGACUUGUUUGAUCUGUUGCGCGUGGAAAACGCGGCGACGAUUUUACACGCGAGUGAUUGGCGAGCGCGGUACAACGCGAGCGAGAUCUCGGCGGUGGCGGAGAUUUAUUCGUUAUUGUCGAAAGCGGCCGGUUGCUCGUCUGGGGUGACUGCGAUUGAGUUGCAGAGAAGCGACUGCUUGAUGAUUAUGAAUCGCGUCGUCGAAGACAUGGCGGCGGGGAAUUUGUACGGCGACGAUCCUUUGGCAAAACGUUCGCGAGAUUUCAAGGGAUUCCGUGAGAACUUCUUGGACUUUAUCGAUAAGUGCAUUCGCGACGCGAGCGAAGGCGGGGAGCUGUACGAUGGUACGCUCUUCGCGACGCUGGCGGAGAUCGUGAGCACGUGCGCCGGGAGCAAGGCGCGUCCGUUGCGCAUGGCUGCCACGAUGAUGGGUUUACAGAUGAUUUCCAGUUUGAUUACGGUGGUGAAUAACUUGCAGAAGGCUCGCGAUUUGAAACAAAACCAGGUGGACAUCGAAUUGAAGAAGAAAAAGUCUGGCGGCGAAGUGGUCAAGAGUUUGAAGCGCCAAAUCGAAAGCGCGCAGGAACACAUCGAGUUGGUGGAAGGUUACAUGAACGACAUCUUCACUCACGUUUUCACGCAUCGCUUCCGUGAUUGCGACGAAAACAUUCGCGCCGCGUGCAUGACCGCGCUUGGGAAGUGGAUGAUGAAGCAUCAGCUCGUGUUCCUCACCGACUUUUACUUGAAAUAUCUCGGUUGGAGCUUGAACGAUAAGAGCGCCGCUGUUCGACUCGAAGUUUUGCUCGCGCUGAAGACUUUGGCGUCCAGCCAGUCUCACUUAGCUAUGAUGGAUACGUUUAUUGCUCGAUUCCGUGGUCGCAUGGCGGAAAUGUUGCGCGACGUCGACGCCCACGUCGUCGUGGAGGCGGUGCGACUCGCCGCGGUUUUGCACGAGCACACCGAAUUGGAUCCUGAGCACAUGAACUUUGUCACCGCGCUCAUCAUGGACAAGACUCCAUCGAUCCGUACCGCCGCGGCGAAAGCGACGAAGACACUGAUGCACACGCUUACCGAGACGUACCGCAAGGCGCGAGGGAUUUCCUAUGAUGAUUCGACAAACCCGGCGCUCGAGAAGGAACUUCACGGCAUCGUGCAGCUCUUGAACGAUCUCGGCGAUGAAAAUGGCGGGCACGGUAAAGUCAUUGAAGGUUUGUCGGGGGUAUAUCCCGUCUUGGCACAACCUGGCUUUAUCGCGGGCAUCUUGAAGCACGACAUGGAAAUGGCAGACGCGGCCGUGAUCGCGAACGUCUUGGUUCUCACCAUGCGCAAGGCGAUGGGCGAAGACGUCUCCAACUCGUACACCAAGACGGUGUCUCGACAAAGCGCAAAAAUACGAAACGCGAUCGAAGCUGCGCACGAACAAAUGACGAAAGAUAUCGGUAGCUUGAUUCCGCAACUUCUGAGCAAGUAUCAAGCCGAAGCUAACGUCAUCGGUCCGCUUGUCGAAGUUGUUCGUUUUGUGAAACUCGAGCACUACUCGUUGCGUCACGAGGAGGAUCAAUUUACCGCUCUUGCCGAGCAAAUAAAAGACAUCUUCUUCAAGCACAGCGACAAGCGUACUUUGGAAGCCUGCGGUGAAGCGUUCAAUUACUUCUGCAACGAGGGCUUCGAAGCUACGGCGCCUUUCGCACAACCGGUGCUCGACAGCACGGUGAACGACUUGUCGGCUCGCCUAUCUCCGGCGUUGAAGAAGGUUCGAGCUUUGAUGGCCAAGAGCGAUGAAAGCGUGCUGAACGAAAACGAGGGUUACGCGUUUGAGCUUCGCAUGUGCUUGUAUCGGGUGCGUGCUUUGAUUUCAAAGUGCAAUAUCUCCAGCGGCGUGCGCGUGAUUAACGACUUGUCUCAAUACGUCGCCGACGUCUCGCGCGCCAACGUGCCAGUGGGUAAAGAAUCUGUCGCCAUGGCGUCCUCGUCUGUUUCUUUCGCUCUCAUUUGGCAAGGCCUUGAACUAAUGGAUAGUGAUUCGGCGACGAGCGUCGAGGUGAACGAGCACUUGACCGAACGCGACGCCUUCUUGUCCAACGUGAUGCACAUCUUGCGUCGCGCCGAGGACUCGAUUGCGGAUUCGGACGAUCUUCGGCGUUCUUUGAUUUCCACCGUUUGCGAUAUGGUGCUGUAUUAUUACAACGCGAGCACACUGCCCGCGGCGCAUCCUGCGAAAGUGUUGCAGCUGAAGCUCAACUCGGCGGACAGUGAAGCUGUGUGGCAGCAGUGCACCGCGUUGAUCACGCCGGAUGACGUCAAGCAAGACGCCGACUUGGACUCGGCACGCCUCGCGUACCGCAUGGCAGUGCACGAACAGCGUAUCGCCUCCAACGGUGCGAUCGGUGCAGACUUUUUGUCCAACUUCAAACUUACCGGCCCCUGGAUCGAUGCCGCCAUCCGCACGUACUGCAGUGAUUUACGCCGAACCGGUCCACAAGUGCUCGUGCGCGCUGUCUUGACAGCGUUGCACAGCGCGUAUGCAGAAGUCUUACAGACGGAUCUCGGAAACCGACAAGUGCUCAUCGAGGCGUUCACCGAUCUCGCGACCCGAUUGAGUGAUAUCUUUAUGCUAUCAUCCAAACGCGAUCGCUUGGUCAUGCGCAUCAUGUUCGACGAGUCGCUCAAGUCUGUCCUUCUCCCCGAACCGUCGUACGACCGAUUUUCCUUCUUGGCGUACGGACUGGGUCCCUUCCUCUCAAGACUGUCCGCCGUCGACGCCAAGGCUUUGACGACGUUCGUCGACGAUGCGCUCGCCAAAGUCGAUAGUGAGGACACGAGAUGUACGCCAUUGAUUGAUUUCGCCGAUCAGCUCAACAAGCGUUCCAAGGGCGCGUCGGAGCGCCGCGCGCGUUGGGCGAGAAAACGCUCCGCGGAACAACAAGAUGUAGACGUCAAGAAGUCCAAGGCCGACGACGGAGACGAGGACGAAGGCGAUGAUGAUGCCAUGGAGCAAGACGACACCAUCGAAACCGCCAACGAUGACGCCGAAACCACCGCGGAUGAUCACACUUUGGACGACGGUCCGGUGGAGACCGCCGAGCGCAGUCGCUCGCGCCGCAAGUGA